AUUAACAUAAAAAAUCUCUAAGAUGCAUCCGAGAGUGGUGAAAGUCCUUCUGGCCGGUCGUCUGUCGUACGGUGCUGGUCAUCGACUUCAGAAGAUUUUGUCGGAUCAUCACCAUCAGCGUUUGAGUAAGCCGGCGAAUACCUUGGUGGUUUUAGAACACAAACCGGUGUACACGGUGGGAAUUCGCGAAAAGGCAUACACAGUCGAAGAAGAAAGAAAACUGAAAAAUCUCGGCGCUGAGUUCUGGAGGACGAACCGUGGCGGAUUGAUCACUUUUCACGGGCCUGGUCAGCUAGUAGCUUAUCCGGUACUCGAUUUGAAACAAUUUCGCACUAGUGUCAGGUGGUACGUGGACCAGUUGGAGCGCCUAGUGAUCCGUUUGUGCGCAGAAUUCGACAUCAAGGCCGAAACGUCGCCGCACACCGGAGUAUGGGUCGACGAUCGCAAAAUCUGUGCCAUGGGCAUUCAUUGCAGCCGUUAUGUCACCACCCACGGCUUGGCACUCAACUGCAACACUGACCUCAAAUGGUUUGAACACAUCGUGCCUUGCGGCAUCGAAGGUAAAGGCGUCACCAGCAUCUCAAAGGAGCUUAACGUAGACGUCACGGCUUACGACAUAUUGCCGAUCUUCGUCAACGCUUUCCGUGAGCAGUUCGAGUGCGAGCUGAUAGAGUUUCCGCCCAAUGAGGCCUCACGGAUCUUGCAAGAUGCGAUAAAAGUUACGGACGAUUAAUAUUAGAAUUAGUAGUACUAAAUUUUCUAUAGUAGAUAGGUUUUAAGGACUUUUAACUUCCAAGAGAAUGUUUCAGAUUGUUGAAAGUCGGACAAUAUUGAUACACUAAUAUUAUAAACAUAUUAAUAUUAAGAAAUUUUUAUAUUAUGGGAGUCUGGAAAAACUGAAGAUGUUUUUGUCUCCGAGUUUCAGAGAAUCUUGAUAACACUUUGUAGCUAUCUAUCUCUAAUUAAUAUCACAACUAUUGUAAAAUCGAAUUUAAAUUUAUCACAGAAUAAACCUGUGAUAUCAAUUUAAAAGUAAUUUGUAUAUAAAAAUAAUAUUCGUAUUUCUAUAUCGAUAAAUAUGUUGUUAAUGCUACAAUUUCUUCAAGAUGAAUUCGGUCAACAAAUUCAAUUAGAUUUAUUUGUUAAUUGAUAUUUUCUUUUUAACAAUUAUUGUGCUUGUGCGAUUGAAAAAUAUUAACCUUGAUCUGUUAAUUGUAUUGCCAAAACUCUAAUGCGAUUUACACAGAAAUUAAUUGAACACAUAAUUUCUGUAACAUCAGUAACAAAUCAUCGAUUAUGCGAAUUGUGUUUGGGAGCGGCGCGAGUGCAUAAUAAAUUUUAUAUUACAUAAAUAACUAUAUAUUACUCAUUUUAUCGCUAAUGACAAUCCAUAUAUAUAUAUAUAUAUAUAUAUAAUCGUGUUUAAAUUGAAUGCACAGAAGUUAUUAGAUGUACAACUUAAUUCUCGGUCUUUUUAAAGAAAAUAUAUUGUUUAUUUACAAAAAAAUGAAUAAUCUCUCAACCUUUGAAAUAGUUUCCGUUACUCUCUACAUGCUUUGCCAUCUUUUAAAUAACUGACAAAAUCCGCUUCGGAAGAAGAAUUGCGGGAAAAGCAUUUAAAUUUGAAUAUGUGCUGUAGGCGUUGAUUAAAUGUAGGGAUCGACGAUUAAGUUGUACACUUAAUAUGUAAAUGCGGUAUAUAAAAAGAUUUGUAAUAUUUUUAUAAAAUAUUUGUCAAUACUUAUUAAAUAAAAAUAUUUUUAUAUACUGCAAUAAAAGAAAGAUUAAGUAAGGCGAGCAAAUGAAACGUCAAAGUUGGAGAAAAAGCAUCUCGCCUGACCACAUAUUGAUCUAAAUCUCUGAAAGAUUUAUACAAUAA